GGGAGGGGGAAAGAAUGGGGGGCGGAGUGGCGGCUCGUUGAGGCACGCGCACAGGGAAGGGAAAACAAAAUAAUGAGGGGAGAGUAGCUAGAUAGGUCGAGUGCACGGACGCGCACCGAGGGCCGCCGAGAGCGGGAAGGGUGGAGCUGGAUGCUAGCGAGUGGGGUCCGUCUCAGUCCCGAGCCUGGCCGUGUUGUGGAAGCGGCGGCAGGUUCAGUUCCCGGUGGUGGGGCCGGCGCUGCUUCCGUCGCCGGUUAUAGUAGCAACAGCAGCGGCAGCAGCAGUGAAACCGUCGCGUCGCUGCCAGGAAAGAUGAGCCUUUCUCCGAAGGAACUGACGAGCCUGCUGAGCAUCGUGUCUGAGGAGGCCGGAGGCAGCACUUUUGAGGGCCUCUCUACCGCCUUCCACCACUACUUUGGAAAGGCCGAGCAUUUCCGCGUAGGCUCAGUCCUGGUGCUGCUGUUGCAGCAGCCGGAUCUGCUGCCCACGCCACCGCAGCGCCUGACCGCCCUCUACCUACUCUGGGAGAUGUACCGCACCGAGCCGCUCGCUGCAAACCCCUUCGCCGCCAUCUUCGCCCACCUCUUGAAUCCGGCGCCCCCAGAGCGCGUCCCCGCCGGCUCGGGGCCCGGAACUGCAGGGAGCGGCGGCGGGGACGAAAACGAAAGGCCGCCGCUGUCAGGCUUUUUGCCCCCUAUUACUCCACCAGAAAGGUUCUUCCUUUCUCAGCUGAUGUUGGCCCCUCCUAGAGAACUCUUCAAAAAGACUCCAAGACAGAUUGUGUCAAUGGAUGUAGGAAAUAUGGGCCAAUCUGUAGAUAUAAGCGGUCUUCAGUUAGCAUUAGCAGAACGUCAGUCUGAGCUGCCAACACAAAGUAAAGCUAGCUUUCCUAGUAUUCUCAGUGAUCCUGAUCCAGAUUCUUCAAAUUCUGGGUUUGACAGCUCUGUUGCAUCCCAGAUUACUGAAGCCUUAGUGAGUGGGCCAAAACCACCUAUUGAAAGUCAUUUUCGACCAGAAUUUAUCCGCCCACCACCUCCACUCCAUAUUUGUGAAGAUGAAUUAGCUUGGUUAAAUCCAAUAGAGCCAGAUCAUACAAUUCAGUGGGAUAAGUCAAUGUGUGUUAAAAAUAGCGCUGGAGUGGAAAUCAAACGAAUCAUGGCCAAAGCAUUCAAAAGUCCUUUGUCAUCACAGCAACAAACGCAGCUUCUUGGAGAAUUGGAGAAAGAUCCUAAGCUUGUUUACCAUAUUGGCCUCACUCCUGCCAAAUUGCCCGAUCUGGUGGAAAACAAUCCUUUAGUAGCUAUAGAAAUGCUGCUUAAAUUAAUGCAAUCAAGUCAGAUAACUGAGUACUUUUCAGUAUUAGUCAACAUGGACAUGUCUCUACAUUCAAUGGAAGUUGUAAAUCGGCUCACUACUGCAGUUGAUCUUCCUCCAGAAUUUAUUCAUCUUUAUAUAUCCAAUUGUAUUUCUACUUGUGAACAAAUUAAGGAUAAGUAUAUGCAGAUAAUGGUGCAUAUUGUGAGGAUAAAUGAAUCAUUUGCAAUGGUGCAUAUUGUGAGGAUAAAUGAAUCAUUUGCUGCUUUCACCAUCCUUACAGGAGGCAUCACUUUGAAGAUAAUAGCUUUUUGAAGUUUCACGUAAGAAACUACUAGAUCUAUUAAGAGACUUCACUGUUAGCUAUUCUGCUUAUCAUGGAAGAAACUCAUUUUUGAUCUUUCCUGUUUUACAUUAAUUCUGUUCCAGAGAUAACAUUUCUGCAUUAAGUCAACCAUCACAUAUUCUUGCACAAAUCCUCUGGAAUGACUUCUUUCAUUAGUAAACUCUUACCAAAACAUAAGUCAAAUUUGGGAAAAGGUCAUAAACUGCUUUUAGUCAUCAGUUUCUUUUUUUCUUAUCACUUUUGAGGGAAGAGAAGAAGAAACAAAGUGGGAGAUGUAAUGCUUUGCUGUUGGUAUCUAGACAGGUGCAUAACUUCAGUUUUCUUUUACAAAAACAGAUUUAUAAGCUUGUUUAGCAUAGCCUGGAUUAUUACAUUCAUUAGAAAGAAUAAUCCGCCAUUAAAUUGUGAGAAACCUAUUAGUGUAAUAUUUGCAUAUUUUUCAUUAUAAUCUUUUCUGGUUGAAAGUAGUGAAUAUAAAAAGGGAAACAAAAAGGGCUUAUCUUUAGAACAUUAGAACAAAAAAAUCCGAUUUCACCUUGCCUUAAUUCCUUUGAAACAGGUAGUCCCCAAUUUAUAACCACAAUUGAGACCAGAAUUGUUUUUAAGCAAGGUGGUUCAUUUCUACCUGAUUUUAUGAUCUUUUUUGCCGUGGUUGUUAAGUGAAUCAUUGCAGUUAAGUGAAUCAUGACAUCAUUAAGCAAAUCUGGCUUUCCCCAUUGAUCUGGCUUGUUGGAAGCAAGCUGGAAAGAUUGCAAAUGAUGAUCACGAUUCAAAAAUGCAACUGUCCUAAAAUAACUGCUAGUUAUCAAGUCCUAAAUUUUGAUCAUAUAACUGUGGGGAUGCCACAAUGGUUAUAAAUAUGAGAACUGGCUGUCACUUUUCAUAACUUUAAAGGGCCACUAAAUGAAGGGUUGCAAGUUGAGAAUACCUGUAAUUCGGAGUUAAUUUGAAAUAAUGGCAACAUUUCAGCAAAUACUUAUGUGGUAUUAGGAAUAUCAGUUAAUUACAGAAUUCUACAAUCUUGCAAACCUGGAUAAAUUAUGAGUUGACUUGGCUUCUUCAACAGAUUUUUUGCUAUAAUAUCAAAAUUAUUCAAAUGUUUCUUUUAAAAAAAACAUUGUUUCUGUUUG